CAUCAUAGUGUAACAGUUUAGAAAUAUUCAGUCUGGUGAUGCUGUUCAGGUAAAUGUACGUACAAAAAAGUCACACAAUUAAUCUUUAUAACAAUCCAUCAAAAACGGAAUUAGAAUAAUUUUGUUUUUAAAGAUUCGCUUCACACUUCAGUAUUUUGAUUCCUGUUAUAUAGGCAGGUGCUUCUUGUUUGGAGACAAACUGCUGGAUUUUUGGGAAUCUCAACUGACGAUUCAUGUACAUGUAAAUGGGUUUCGUGAUCUACAAUCGUCUGUGGUCACCACUGUCCACUUUAUGGUUCAAGUGUUGUCAGAAGGACCAUAAAAGUAUAACGCGGGUCAUUUCUUAUUAUUAUCUGAAAUAUCUUUGGAUAAAUAUCAUUGGUGAUUACAGAUUCAAUUGUCGUAUAUUUUGAAAUGCCCUAAAGAUGAUAAAGAAGACAUUGCGGUUUUUGUUUCGAUGGGGAUACCGUGCGUGUGUGUUUGUUCUAACCCUGUCCACCUGUCUAUAUUUCAACACGCUCUGGCGGUACCUCUCAAACUACAGUAUCGAAGGUUUUGGGGAGAGAAACGAGACACGGCAGGUUGAACACUGGGAGGAACUCCCCAGACAAGGAACAGAGCGACAAAAAUCAUGGUUAAUGAUUGGUGUUCCUACAGUAUGUCGUAAAAACAAGAAUUACCUCGGCCCUACCUUAUCCUCACUGGUCAAUCACAUGCACGAGGUUACCGGGAUCACGAUUGUCGUCUGCAUAUGCGAUACACACAAAGCGUGCCGGGAAAACAUCAAGAUUAACUUAACCAGCCAGUUUUUCCCAUAUAUAGAAAGUGGACUAAUACAAGUGAUAGAAACGCCAAAACAUUACUAUGCGCCCUUGAUGAACCUCAAACAAACCUUCAAUGAUUCAGAAACAAGAGUGCGAUGGCGUUCGAAACAAAACUUGGAUUAUUCUUUCUUAAUGCAGCACUGCGCCAAUAAGUCGGAAUAUUACCUUCAGCUGGAGGACGAUGUGAUCACUGUCCCCCGGUAUAUUAACAAAAUCAAAUCAUACAUGCUUAAAAUCAAACAAUCUUGGACCAUGUUAGAUUUUUCGACCCUGGGAUUUAUUGGGAAAUUGUUUAAAUCCAAAGACUUGGGAAAGCUGGCCAUUUUACUCAGAACGUUUUACAAUGAACAGCCAUGUGAUUACUUGAUUUAUUAUUACUUAAAACUCAUGCUACAAAAGGAUCGACACAUUAGAAUCCCUUCACUUUUCCAACAUAGAGGCCAUUUUUCAUCUCUGCCUAACCUAGUGAGAAAUAUCUCCGAACCCUAUUCUCAUUUUCCGUCUUUCAAAAAACGUUAUCAUGGAGAUAACCCAGAAGCCACAAUUUUUACUUCACUGUCUCCAUGGAUGUCCUACAAGCCUUCAUUUGCAUACUUUACCUCUGACAAUGAAAUGUUUUGGUCUACCACACCGCGAAUAGGAGACCACUAUACCGUGGUAUUUAAAACACCUCAGAGGAUUGCUCGAAUAGUUGUACUUACGGGAAAACCCCGGGAUAUGGCUGACCAUCUUCAGGGAGGAAUCUUAGAACUUGGAACUACAGUAAAAGCAGUUUCAGGGGGAAAAUUGGCGUGUUCCAAUCUCAGUCGAAUAGAAAAGUUUGUUAAAGGCAAUAUCGAUAUUAAAGUGACAAAGUCAGUAGAACCCACAAAGUGUUUGAAAGUAACAAUUACAAAACAACAGGACACCUGGCUUAUAAUCAGAGAAAUAGCCGUGUUUACCAAGCCUAAGUAGAAACAAACAUUUUUUUUUUUUAAAUCUGAGACUUGUGUAACUCCAUACUUCAUUUAUUCAUAAUCUCAUCGAGAUUCAUCGAGGCUGGGUAUUUGAACUGACGCCUCUUCCGAAUCUCAGACCAGUGUCACACAAAGUGAUUCGGGAAAUCUUGCCUGAACUUCGGCCGCUUGUUGCGAUUAAAAUGGGUUAAACUGAAUUUCUUGUCCGCUUCAACCUUUUGCCUUAGACAUCCUAUUAACUUCCUAUCACAAUGAAACAUGCAUUUCUUACCUUUAUAUGGUGUAAAUCCCACAGUAAAUAAAGUUGGGUUAAAAGCGGCUGAAGUUCAGGCAAAAUUUCCCGAAUCACUUUGUGGGACACUGGUCUGAGAUUCGGAAGAGGCGUCAGUCCAAAUAUCCAGUCUCGACGAAUCCCGCCGAGAUUAAUUCAUUCAUUUAGAUCAUAGGGAUACAAAUUAGUCCGCAACGGCAAGGGCUAUCGUUUGGCCGUGACGUAACCUGCUUGAUGACGAAUAUUGAUCUUCAGUGAAUCUAAUCAAAGGAAUUUCUUUUUUUUCUCCCACCACCCAUUAUGCUGAAGUUCAGUAAUUUUUCUAUGGUAACUUUGAUACAGGAGGUACACUGUAAUACAGUGUUAUGUUACUAUCCAUACUGAAAUGUUACUUUCCAUGGAAAUGAAAUAAAUUCUAAAUAGCGCUUACGAUAUUCUGUAGAUCGUCGGGAUUCGGCUAUAUGCAACAUCUGUGCAGAAAAUGUUAUUCCAUGAACCUUACAAAAGUUAUGCACUGCACGAGUUACAUGUAUCAAGGGAGAUUAUUUCGAAGGUGAGGGGACGUCACAUAACCAGGGAGUUCCGAAAGCGAAUAAUGUGGCAUUUACGUUUGCAAUGAAAGUGAACACGAUGAUGUAAUAUGCAGGAAUACAGAAUCCGGAAACGCUCCAAUAUUUUUUUGUGCUUUUUAAAAAAGGUACAUGUAUGUUUAUGGAUUGGUUUUGUACCUGUAUGGCUCUUUCUAUUGUGUUACCUUUAUGCAUUUAAACGUAAAGCUAAGUUUGCAUGUGGAUUUGGGUGUUAGCUUUGUCGAACAUAAACAUUUAUACCCCCGGUAUUUGUAUGUAAGUCAGAAAUUUAAUCGUAAAAUACAUGUGUAUUCGUAUGCACAGAACCU